AUGCGACCCAAACCACAUGACAAUGAUGACAAAGAAGAUGAAGAGCAGCAUCCUUUAAAUAAAUUGGGACCACAUGACAAUGAUGACAAAGAAGAUGAAGAGCAGCAUCCUUUAAAUGAAUCGGGACCACAUGACAAUGAUGAUAAAGAAGAUGAAGAGCAGCAUCCUUUAAAUGAAUCGGGACCACAUGACAAUGAUGGCAAAGAAGAUGAAGAGCAGCAUCCUUUAAAGGAAUCAGGACCACAUGACAAUGAUGAUAAAGAAGAUGAAGAGCAGCAUCCUUUAAAUGAAUCGGGACCACAUGACAAUGAUGACAAAGAAGAUGAAGAGCAGCAUCCUUUAAAUGAAUCGGGACCACAUGACAAUGAUGACAAAGAAGAUGAAGAGCAGCAUCCUUUAAAGGAAUCGGGACCACAUGACAAUGAUGAUAAAGAAGAUGAAGAGCAGCAUCCUUUAAAUGAAUCGGGACCACAUGACAAUGAUGACAAAGAAGAUGAAGAGCAGCAUCCUUUAAAUGAAUCGGGACCACAUGACAAUAAUGGCAAAGAAGAUGAAGAGCAGCAUCCUUUAAAGGAAUCGGGACCACAUGACAAUGAUGACAAGGAAGAUGAAGAGCAGCAUCCUUUAAAUGAAUCGGGACCACAUGACAAUGAUGGCAAAGAAGAUGAAGAGCAGCAUCCUUUAAAGGAAUCGGGACCACAUGACAAUGAUAACAAAGAAGAUGAAGAGCAGCAUCCUUUAAAUGAAUCAGGACCACAUGACAAUGAUGACAAAGAAGAUGAAGAACAGCAUCCUUUAAAGGAAUCGGGACCACAUGACAAUGAUGAUAAAGAAGAUGAAGAGCAGCAUCCUUUAAAUGAAUCGGGACCACAUGACAAUGAUGACAAAGAAGAUAAAGAGCAGCAUCCUUUAAAUGAAUCGGGACCACAUGACAAUGAUGGCAAAGAAGAUGAAGAGCAGCAUCCUUUAAAGGAAUCGGGACCACAUGACAAUGAUAACAAAGAAGAUGAAGAGCAGCAUCCUUUAAAUGAAUCAGGACCACAUGACAAUGAUGACAAAGAAGAUGAAGAGCAGCAUCCUUUAAAGGAAUCGAGACCACAUGACAAUGAUAACAAAGAAGAUGAAGAGCAGCAUCCUUUAAAUGAAUCAGGACCAGAAUGUCAAAAGAAACUAUUUGAAGAUGAGGACAUGGUUAUAGAUGAUAGUUUUCAUGGCAGUUAUGGUUAUAAUAGUGAAGAUGAGAUGAGUCCACUUUACCCUCUGGAUAGUUCCUUGUUGAGGUAA